UCUGUUUGUAGUUUUGUUCGUCGUCCAGAUGUUUUGAUUAAGCAAAUUGACUCGCAUUUCUCCCCCAAAGGUCUUAAUGAUAUUGCCACUAUCUUUUGUCGCUAUUUAACCUUCCUCGUGCAAUGGUGGAUACACAUAGCCCUGAGGCGAUGAUCGCCGUCUCGUACCUCCCGGGGUACAUCUUUCUUUCUUAUGUUAUAAGCAUGAUGGGAUGCACAACAACCUUGGAACUGCUUCAUCGAAGGACGUCAAUGGCCGGUCUACUCAAUUGGUAUCUCCUACUCACUUCCUCCAUCGCAAUGGGUGGCAUCGGCAUCUGGUGCAUGCAUUUCAUCGGCAAUCGAGCAGUCAUUCUCGGUGACGGCGACCCCCACAUCCAGAUAUACUACAGCAUGGCAUUCACCGGCAUCUCAUUCGCCUUACCAGUAUGCGUGUUGCUCAUCGCGUUCUACGCCGUCGGGGUGGAAGAAAAAGCCGGCUACAUUCGUAUCCUGAUGGGUGGCAUACUAACCGGAAGCGCGGUUUGCGGCAUGCACUAUGUUGGCCAACUCGGUAUCGCUAAUUAUAAAUGCUCUUACCAUGUCGGUAGUGUGGUUGGAUCCGCCAUCAUCGCCAUCUUUGCGAGUACAUCUGCUUUGGGUAUCUUCUUUCGAUGGCGUGCUACGUGGACGGAUGUUUGGUGGAGACGAGGCAUCUGUGGUUGUUUGCUUGCUGUGGCUGUUUCGGGGAUGCACUGGACGGCGACAGCAGGGACUUCUUAUAGGGAACAUGACGAGACUAUUAGACAUGGUACUCCGUUAUCUCGGAGCCAGACUGUCAUUAUCUGUGCUGUGUUGUCGUGUGCAUCUUGCGUAUUCUUGUCGGCAUGUGCUAUUGUUGCUGGAGGAAAUCGCAGAAAAUCGACUAUACGAGCCCGCCAACUUGUCCUUAGCUGUGCCUUUUUUGAUCCAGCUGGGAGAAUCAUGGUCACGCCACAGGCGGUACUUCCAAGUCGGAAGAUUGUCGAACGUUACGUUGGAAAGACAUUCAAAGAUGAUGAUCUUACCCGGACGCACCCCGCCUUCCUUUGGGCUUUUAGGGCAAGCCGAAAUUGGAAGUUGGUGAAAGAUCUUGUUCCCUUUAUGAAAAACCGGUUGGAGUUUGAAGAGGUCGUGGUCCAAAGGCACGCUCUCACUCAAGGAGUCGGAGUGGACAAAGACACGGAACUACAAGAGACUAAUUUCGACACGCUCUUCAAGCAACUCUUCUGCACAACUGCACAAGAGCUUUCCGAUGAGCUUCGACAGCCGCUUCAAGACCUGGGGAUGCUGUAUGAUGAUGUCUUGACCACUACUGCGUCGAUAUCACGUCUCUCAAGAGCGAUUGGAAACUCUUUACCUCGCAAAGGCCAGUUGCUUUUCACAGUCCGACAGCUAAACAAGCAAGAAGCUGCUCGAUUUGCAGCAUCGGGCUUCCGUUUCGCUACCAUCGAGCAUGUCACAUCACCACUAUCCCGCCGUAUCCACGUCCCAUCCACAGCAUUGGGUACUCAUCUCCGGGAUAUGCGAGAUUAUGCUACCACUAGUCGUAACUUUGAGCAAGGUGUCCACCUAAUCUCCUUUGUUAUGAGACCAACUAUUCAUGACCAUUUCGAAGUCCUAACAGCCAAGGGCGUCGGGAAUCCCUUACCCUCUUCCACACUGGCGAUCAAACGCCUCCGAAUCCCACAUCUGAAGUUCCUCUCACACCUAGAUGGGUGGACUAUAUCAGCCUGCCUAGAGUGGCUAAUCUCAGACACAGCACGAGCAUACCACGACGUGGAAGAACUCCGCGAACAGCUCGUCCAAGCAAUGAUCGAACUCACCAAGUCCUUCCCACCCGAUAUCAGACCCAUGGCCCGCUUCUCAGCUCGACCCCUAAUAGCCCCAUGCCGCGGCUCCAGACUCUCCGACGAACAAAACUGCAUCCUCCUCCCCUUCUGCGUCGUCGGAAGCCUCGACACCCAAACCCCAACCCCAGACUUCGCAUUCACACCCUUCCGCCUCUUCAGAGUCCAACAACAGGUCAACGACGGCGUCUCAGACAGAGACGGCUUCUCCAAAGAACUCAGCCAAGAACUAUUCUACACAAACAUCCGCUCAACCUCUCUCACCGAAUCCGACCUCACCCAAUCCGCCCGAUCAAUGCUUCGCCUCCUCCCCUCUCGCAAACAACUCCCAAGCGACGGCCCUCCCACCGCUUCGCAGUCCCGGGAAUCCCUCGUCGACACCUCUUCCAUUAAUGAGAUCAUGGUCCGUCGUGAAGUUAAAGUCGACGUGGCAAAGUUUGAAGAAACAGCUACCCAGUCUUCCCUGGGGACGCUCUCGUCUCGCACUACCGUCGUAGCUGGGGAGAUGACGGCUACCACAUACGUCGACGAAUUGUAUAGUCUUUGCUAUGCGCCUAGUAUCAGAUUAAGGCCUGAUACGAUGUUUUCGCAUGUCUCUGGGGUGGUUUGAAAGUUGAAUUCGUUCAAAUUGGAAAUUAUUAGAAACUAAACUAAACUCAAACUUCCCGAGGUGAUCUCGAUGAUAAACUCAACCUUAUUCACAUCACUUUGUGUGAAGCAGAACACACCACAA